UGUCAGCCCAACCCGUAACCCGCGGGUCUGGCCCAUUUAGGCCCAUCACGGGGCGGGUCUGGACAAGUAAAUAGUUGCCCAUGAAUUAGCGGGUCAUGCGGGUUGAGCCCAAACGGGUUGCGGGUAGUUGGACCAUAACCCGUCAUGGGUUCGCGGGUUCGCGGGUUGACCGCAUAAGUAUAUACGAUGUCUAGCUAUUAAAAUUUGAAUUCAAAACAUUUAGUCUUGAAACUUGAAAGCUUCUGUACUAACUAGAGGGUUGGACUCAUUAGUAUUUUCUAAUGACUAAUUAAUUAAUUAAUCAUUAAUUCAUUAAAUGUCUGCAGCCUUUUUAACCUAAUAGUUACGUAACCAAGUCUAAAGCAAAAAACUGCUCGUGAGUUUUGACUGCAACACGAUCUCAAAAGCUGAUUCAAAAAGGAGCUAUGGAUUCUGGGGGUUUCCCAAACUUGUUGUCAGUAGAUUUUGAGACACAAGGUUUUAUUGAUGCUGCAAACGCUGGACAGGAUCGUACCAGAUAUGAUGGAUCACAAGCAUCUCAGUCUCGUAGGAGAAGAAUCAUUGAAGUUGAAGAAGAAUCAGAUGAGGAUGCAAUGGAAGAUGAUUAUGAACCAGUAAGAGUGAGGGUUUCUGCCAAUGCUGGGAGAAAGAAACAGCAUGUUCAGGCCGAGGAUGAUAAUGGCAAAGGGAUGUCAUCUAAGGCACAUGAGAGAAAGAAACAGAAGGGAAAGGGUGAUCAUGGUGGCAAAGGGAAGCCGCAAAAGAAGAAACAGAAGACUGCUGAUUCUGAGGACGAGUCAGGUGAUGAUGAUGGUGGAAAGUCAUCGACUCAAAAACAGAGGAGACAAUACUCACCUGUGUGGCAAGAUUUUGUAGUGGUUACUAAGAAAGAUGGUUCUCAAAAGGCACAAUGCAAGCACUGCAAAAUUGAAUAUGCACAUGACUCCCACAAGAACGGGACUAAUGUUAUGAGACGCCAUCUACUGAAAUGUAAUCUUAAGGCUACGACGGGUGACAUUCGUCAAAUGGCGCUCAAUGCAGAAGCAAAACUGCAAGCAAGGAAGUAUGAUCACACUGUUUUCCGUCUGAUGGUAGCAAAGUGUAUCAUCCAGCAUGAUUUACCAUUUUCAUACGUUGAAUAUGAGAGGGUCAGAUCUACUUGGAAGUACUUGAAUGCAGAUGUGAAGUUUAUCAGUCGCAACACAGCUGCAAAAGAUGUUUACAAGUUCUAUCAGACUGAGACAAAUAUUCUGAAAACAGAAUUGGCUAGUCUUCCGGGAAGGAUUAGCUUUACUUCUGAUUUGUGGACGGCAAUCACACAUGAAGGUUACAUGUGUUUGACUGCACACUAUGUAGACAGAGACUGGAAAUUGAAGAACAAGAUUCUUGUGUUUUGUGCUCUACCGCCUCCACAUACAGGUUUUCAGUUAGCUAUGAAGAUUCUUGAUGAAAUGAAAGAAUGGGGUAUUGAUAAAAAAGUGUUUUCAGUCACACUUGACAAUGCUACAAAUAAUGAUUCUAUGCAAUAUAUCUUGAAAUCUCAACUUGUGCUGCGAAAUGAUUUGGUCUGUGGUGGGGAAUUCUUUCAUGUCAGAUGUUCUGCGCAUAUCCUCAACCUUAUUGUUCAAGAUGGACUCAAAGUAAUCGGCAGUUCAUUGCAUAAGAUCAGAGAGAGUAUCAAGUUUGUCACAGCAUCUGAAUCUCGCGAGCUGCUCUUUGCUAAGUGUGUUGAAUCUGUAUGUAUUACAGAGAAGGCUGGGUUGCUUUUGGAUGUUACCACACGAUGGAAUUCAACAUAUAAAAUGAUUGACAUAGCCCUGAAGUAUCGAGCAGCAUUUGGUCAUCUCAAAAUUAUUGAUGGGAAGAACUACAAGUUUCACCCAAGCGAGGAUGAAUGGAGAAGACUGCGGGAGAUGAGUGAUUUCUUGAAGCCCUUUGAUGAGAUUACUCGCCUCAUGUCAGGAUCGACAUAUCCUACUUCCAACUUGUAUUUCAUGCAAGUAUGGAAGAUUCAAGACUGGCUGACAUUAAAUGAAACAAGUAGAGAUGAUGUUGUCCGAAGAAUGGUCAUACCGAUGCAGGAAAAGUUUCGAAAGUAUUGGGAAGAAGUCAGCGACAUCUUUGCUAUUGCUACAGUUUUUGAUCCACGUCUGAAACUAAAACUUGCAGAGUUUUGUUUCGGUAAGGUUGACAAGAGUUCUUUGGAAGGAAAGAUGAAACAUUUGCGUGAUAAACUGAAAACCUUGUUUAGCGCAUACGAGAACAAGGACAAAUCGACUUCUCCUUCUGCAGAAACACAUGAAGCUGCUCAAGACCAAGUUGCAGAGGAUGAACAAAGUGGAAAUUUCAGCAACUAUGAUGACUUCUUUUCAUUCUGCAAAGCAAAUGUUGUUGUCAGUGGGAAAUCACCACUUGAGAUGUACCUUGAAGAACCACCUAUAGACGGGAAGGUGUUUGCGAGUUUGGAUAUCCUGGAUUAUUGGAAAGACAACUCGAAACGUUUUGGUGCUUUGGCUUUAAUGGCGUGUGACCUUCUUAGCAUUCCUAUCACAACUGUGGCGUCUGAAUCGUCUUUCAGCAUUGGGGCUCGAGUGUUGAAUAAAUACAGAAGUCGUCUGCUACCUAAACAUGUUCAAGCACUGAUAUGUAGUCGGAAUUGGUUAAAGGGAUUUGAAGCUUACGAAAACGAGGAAGAUGAAGAACAUGUUGAUGAUGAGACAUUACCAUCCUUUGAAUCCAUUGUUGAUGAAGAAGAUGACGAUUGAUGAGAAUCAUUUCAUUAGUGUUUCAGUUGAGUAACCCGCGGGUCAACCCGCGAAGAAAGUAAACUAGGUUAGACGGGCUUGGACAUGACAUUUCUGGCCGCAACCCGCCACGGGCCAACCCGCACGGGCUAAUGAACUGACUGAACCGCUGCGGGUCCGUCCAUAUGGACGCGGGUCAACCCGUUUGACA